CGGUGACCGGUCGCCUGACUGGGCUCCUCCCUGGGCCCGCCCCCACAGGUUUAUCUUGUGACCGCCGCGUCCGCUCCUUUCUUCCUCGAGCUUGGGACCUCGUUAGCUACGAUGCGUUUCCUGGCUGCUGCGUUCCUGCUGUUGGCGCUCAGCGCCGCCGCCCAGGCCGAGCCGGUGCGGUACAAGGACUGCGGUUCUGUGGUUGGAGUUAUAAAGGAAGUGAAUGUGCGCCCAUGCCCCACCCAGCCCUGCCAACUGAACAAAGGACAGUCGUACAGUGUCAAUGUCACUUUCACCAGCAGUAUCCAAUCCAUAAAUAGCACAGCCUUGGUGCAUGGCAUUGUGAUGGGCUUCCCAGUUCCCUUUCCCAUUCCUGAGCCUGAUGGUUGUAAGAGUGGAAUCAAUUGCCCCAUCCAAAAAGGCAAGACCUAUAGCUACCUGAAUAAACUACCGGUGAAGAGUGAAUACCCUGCUGUAAGUGACAUUAUUGUUGAGGACACUGGAAGCCUUGGGACUGGUUUAGAAAUCUGA